CACACGGUUGCUAGAGCUAGAAGAAGAGCGAAGGGGAAGCAGCGCGUGCCGCGCGAUGGGACUUGCUCGCGAGUAGGCGCGCCUCCUCCCAGAGCGAACCCGCAAGCGCCUCAUCCCGCCAGCCGGACGGGCCCAUCUCGCCUUUGCGUCUCUCUAUGGCGCAGCGCGGCCCGCCGCUUUCCGGCCCGGCUCGGGCUCCGUCGUGACCGCGGGGAGAUGGCUUUACGGCAGCCGUAAGUGAGGGCGUUGGGCGCGCGACGGGAGCUGGCCGUGGCGGCGGAGGGGCUCCGGCUCUGCCCGUGAGAGAGGAGCGGGAGGGGCUGGGCGGGGUGGGGGGUGGAAUUGGCGGCGGAGACCCCAGGGGUCAUCUAGCCCGCCCGGGGAGACUCCUCCGCGGCGCGGCCCCCUCGGCAUCGGGAGGGGCUCUUGCCGGGGCCGCUUCGGGCGGGGGUGGACUCGACGGCCCUGGGAGCCCCUCCCCAGUCCGAGGCUGGGCGGGUGCGAAGGCGACUCCAGGGGACUCUGCAGGCCCAAAGGAUAAACUAGGGUGGCAUUAGUUUUGAAAAAGGAAGGGGAAACAGUGCUGCAAAAACAGUGUGGCGAACAAAAAACACACCUUCCAUGUCCGGGGUGUGUGUUCUUUAAAAAGACAUGGUUUUUUAGAGAGGGAGGUGUGAUGGGUUGCCCUCCCGGAUAGCAUGAAAUGAGGGCGUUGGGGUGUAACUUGAGUUAGUUUUCAGAGGGAAACGGCCUUGGAGAAUUGGUGUAGGUCCCAGGGAGGCUUAAAGGCCUGUCCUUCUGUGUAUUAGAUUGCAAAACAGCAAUCUGCAUGAAGAUAAUUACCACGGCUGCUUGAAGUCACAGUAACUUUAACCUUGUUGCCACACAGAUCAAGUGUCUGUCCUUUUUUAAACUAAGGGAUUGGUACCUCCGGUAUGUAGGACAAGUACCAUGGGCCCAUUGUUCAUCACAAUGGUCACCCUGUGUACGGAACCAGUGAGUUGGUCACAUGCAAGUGCUCCUGAUGAGUAAGGGGCAGAUCCUGUGAAACACAGUCGGUGAGACUUCACUCCCUAAAGAGCACCCCUGGGUGGCAGUUUGGAGUGGGAGACCAGCUGGAAUUUGAGCAGAGGCAAAGGUUAAGAGGGGGGUGAAGGGAAGGAAUGACUGAUCUGGCUGGAAUUUGAUGGAGGCUGAAAGGCUGUGGAAGGAAAGUGGGUGCCUGUCUUGAUGAGGAGCCCCCUCACCAGCCCUGUGUAUGUUCUCUUUCCUCCCACCUCUAGACUGGCCAGUUCGAGUUGCGAGAUGAGGCCGCAGCAGCCGCCUGUUGCCAGCAAGGUCUUUGUCCAGCGGGACUACAGCAGUGGCACCAAAUGCCAGUUCCAGACCAAGUUUCCUCCAGAAUUGGAGAAUCGAGUAAGGGCUCCGUGCUUUCGUCGUCCCUUGCAGUCUGACACAAGUGGGGGAGAGUUGGGUUACACCCAAGUUGACAUAUCCAAAGUUGAUAGAAAGGGUGACUUUUCCACAGUAAUGUUCAUGAUUCCAGUUUAAGUAAUAAUAUAAAAACUGGAACAUUCAAAUUUAUAAAAUUAAAGGUGCACAGCAGCUAAAAGCAACCAAUACAAACUUAGGUUUUGAAGUUUUGAUGAAAAUAUACAAAGAAAAAGCAGCAAUAUUAAAAGCUAGGAAAACUAAUUUUCCCUUCCUUUGGGAGUCCUAAAAAGCAUUCUUAUUCUUGUUUGAAACACAGAAGUAUUUUUACACACCCAUUAACUACACACUUCAUUUUUUAAAAAAAUUGCCUCAAAUUGGACCCACCAAUUCCCAGUCAGAGUCUAGGAUAUCAGCUGUGUAUGGUCUUUGGAGGGGUGGCAAUCUGCCUUACUGUUUUUGUUUGCUUUCUAAAGUUCUGGCUGGCAAUCAGGGACCAGAUUUUAAAUUAAGUGUGGGUGAAAGGGUCAGCGCUGCUGCCUGUGCCCAGAUUUGCUCCUGCUGAAUCUUUUUCUGCUCUUUUUGGAAGGAUUCCAAGAGAGAGAGGGAGUCAGACAGGCAAAGUCCUAUCUCAGGACCAGGGUGAUCUACCAUCAGCUUUCCUGUGGAGAGGAUCCUAGUCCCUUUUUUCUUUUGAUUUUUAAAUUUUUGUUUUAAUUUUACUUGUAAACUAGUUUGGAACGAUUGUAUCCUGAAAGGCAGGAGAGAUAGAUAGAUAGAUAAUUGUAACCAUAUGUAAAUAAGUACUAGUGUGAAAUCAACAUUUCUUUUAUUUAUGUUAUCCCUCAAUGCACGUCAGCUACAGAUGUGUGCAAAGUCCAAGUGAUUGUGCAUGGCUGAGGGCAUAAACUCCUUAUGUCCUUAUCCUGGUGACAGUUUACAUUUCUGUUACUGGGCGGGGAAGGUAUUAAAAAGGCUGUGGCUCAGUAUAGAAGGAGGUGCCUGAAGUGUGUGAUAAAGGGUUAUAUCCUUGGAAAUAAGCGCUAUAGUGAAGUGCUCUGUGAAAAACCCUUGUAGUCCAGUUUUGCCGCUGGCUUUCAAUUGCCAAUUCCUUUGCCCAAGAACUAAGUGUCAUUAUACAGUCAUACCUCGGGUUAUAGAUACUUCGGGUUAUGUGAUUUUGAGUUGUGCACCGCGCCGAACCCGGGAGUACCGGAACGGGUUACUUCCGGGUUUCGGCACAUGCUAAAUUGCGCUUUGAGCAUGCGCAGAAGUGCCGAAUUGCGACCUGCGCGUGCGCAGAUGCAGCGCUGCAGGUUGCGAACGUGAUUCCCGCACGGAUUACGUUUGCAACCCGAGUGUCCACUGUAUUUGCCUUUUAUUUGCAAUUACUAGAGACCAACCUUUCAUGGGCUGUAAGUUUCUAGUAUCAAAAUAAACUUGGGCUAUCUAGUGAAAACCCAAGAUCAUGAACAUCUUUGUGUUUUCUCGAUUGAUUGUCACUUCCUGUGUAUAAGUUUUGCUGAACUUGUAGAUCCAGCUGCACACUCAAGCCCAGGCAGUUAAAAGCAGCUGAGUUGUUCUUGAGUCACGUUAUGUAUGUGGAAGUUCUCUAGGUUACUUAGUGUGCCUAAUGCAACAGUGACAUCGUAUCUUCUCAUUGGAUUCUGUUUGUAUUCUUGGAUGUUGGUUCACAUUCUGCAUUUGGAGAGUUGCCUAAAAGCCUGCAUGCUUAAGGUUAACUUAGCAAAAUAGUGCAUGGGGAUGAAACUUGAAGUUUCAGCAAUGGAAAAUAAAGAAUACAACUCCCUGCUAGACCAGAUGUUUUGGGACUACAACUCCCAUCAUCCCUGACCACUGGUCCUGCUAGCUAGGGAUGAUGGGAUUUGUAGUCCCAAAACAUCUGGAGGGCCGAGUUUGCCUAUGCCUGGUUUAGAUGAUCACCCAUCACAUGUUCCAAACUGAAGCAAGCAAGCAGGGGAAAGUGAAAGGGUGAAGGCGCAACUCUGGAAGACCACCCAAUGGUCGUCCCCGGCCCCCAUCACGUUAACCUCAAAGUGGCUUUUUCUUCUCAGCACAGUGGACAUUGUAGUCUAUUCCAACAGUACAGUCAUACCUCAAGUUAAAUGUGCUUCAGGUUGAGCAUUUUCAGGUUAUGCUCGGCGGCGACCCGGAAGUAACGAAGUGUGUUACUUCCGGGUUUCGCUGCAUGCGCAGACUCUCUAAAUGACGUCAUGCGCGGAAGCGGCGAAUCGCAACCCGUGCACGUGCAGACGCAGGUUGCAUUCGCUUCAGGAUGUGAACAGGGCUCCGGAAUGGAUCGCGUUCGCAUCCAGAGGUACCACUGUAUUGUCCUGAUCUUGAAGAGUUGAGGGUGUGGUCAUAGAGCAGUGACACGGCAAGGGCACCACCUUCAAUGAGCUUAGUUAGGUGAGACUUGAACAGGGGCUCUUAACUUACUACAUGUAUACAGUUGUACCUCAGAAGUCAAACGGAAUCUGUUCCGGAAGACUGUUCAACUUUCAAAACGUUUGAAAACCAAAGUGCGGCUUCUGAUUAGGAAGCCACGGAAACCCUGUCAGACGUUUGGCUUCCAAAAAUAGUUCGCAAAUCAAAACAGUCAUUUCCGGGUUUGCUGUGUUCUGGAGCCAGAACGUUUGGGAACUAAGCUGUUCAAAAACCAAGGUACUACUGUACUGUCUUUCCUCCAGAAACUUACAACAGUGUUUUAACCUCACAAGAAUCCAAGGAGUCGUCUUAAACUGCAAGAGCAUCUUGCCCAAGGCGACCCAAUAGCUUAAUCCUAUGCACAUUUCCUUGAAAGUUUGGCUGAGUUGAAAUGGGGAUACUUACAAAUAAGCGUGUGACAGAUUGCAGCCUGAGCCUUGGCUUCCUGCAACUAAACGCCAAAUGGUACCAGCUCAGAAGUUAAACAAAAGGAGACAGCGACUUAGUCCAGUUUUGAUGCUGUCAUCCUUAAUGGUGGUGAUAAUAAUGAAGCCAUUGUCUUCCACAGUGAGAUCACUGCCCCUACUGCCAUUUGAAUUCAGUGCUUCUUUAAUUUUGUUUUGUUAGUUGGUUUGUAUCCAAAAUGGAUUUGAAAGAAAUUCAUUUUCCAAGCCUUUUAGUGGACCUGUGCAGAGAUUGUCUGAGGCCUGUUGUGGGAGUCUCCAGUCGGCUGGGAGACAUGGGGUGUUCUUCACAUGACAGUGUAAGUCCGGCAGGCUCAUGUUAGGGGCCCCAGGUCAGCUUAGCCCUCCAGUCGCCAGAGCAAGUAUAGCUGGCUGCCCCUCCCCACUGCACAGGCCUGCCAAUUAGUACAGUGAUACCUUGGGUUACAUACGCUUCAGGUUACACACUCCGCUAACCCAGAAAUAGUGCUUCAGGUUAAGAACUUUGCUUCAGGAUAAGAACAGAAAUCGUGCUCUGGCGGCGCAGCAGCAGCAGGAGGCCCCAUUAGCUAAAGUGGUCUUCAGGUUAAGAACAGUUUCAGGUUAAGAACGGACCUCCGGAAUGAAUUAAGUACUUAACCUGAGGUACCACUGUAUACUGCAUGCAAAUACUUUUUAAAGAAUGCUGUUUGGGCCUGUAUAUAAGCUGACGUCUCCACUGGAAAACAUUCACCUCUAGAAACAAAGGUUUACCUGUUACUUAGCUAUCACUGCAGAGAAAACCAUAUAUGCAUUGGAGUUUGCUAAGUGAACCAGGUUGAAUGCCUUCUGCUAAAUGUGAUGCCUUUUUCAGGUCGACAGGCAGCAGUUUGAAGAAACAGUGCGAACUCUAAACAAUCUUUAUGCAGAAGCAGAGAAGCUUGGGAGCCAAUCUUACCUUGAAGGGUGCCUGGCCUGCUUGACUGCCUACACUAUAUUCUUGUGCAUGGAAACACAUUAUGAAAAGGUACAUUGAGUUAUUGUGACCUCUGGAAAGGGCAGGGUGCAACAUGGGCAAACUGGAGUUGUCAAUGGCAGAAAGUAAUUCCACAAAAACAGGCACGUUAGUCUCUUGCAGCAAUGAAGGCCAGUGGCACCAUUCUGUCCCCAGGAAUAAACUUUGCUCUCACUUUCUGGUAAGAGUUAAGGGUGCUUGCCUGCCUGCCUUUAACAAAGGAAAGCACUGGGAAACAGCAGAAGUUCCCUCUGCUAGUUGGCUUUCUGGCCCCAGCUGAAUUUUCAGGAUAGUUUUCAUAAAUGGGUGGAUGCAUUUCCCUCCCGUCAAUCACUUUCUUGACAUUAUAAAGGCUAUCCAACUGUCUCUUGGCCAGACAGUUCUGAAUAAGAGGUGCUUUGCUUUCUCUCCUAAGCCAGCAUGACAUAUAUAUUUAGUUCUCCAGAGUCCAUUUCCUCUCACCAUGGUGCUUCUGUUUCUGAGAUUAUGUAAUCUGGAUUUGGUGCCUUUGUUACUUGCUUUUUGAGGUUACUCAGAAUGCAUUUAUAAUAUAUUGGCUUUCAAGAAAGGACACUCAAGGUAUUUAGAUCCAACCACAGUAAAUAUCCAAGUUGACUUUUAAAGUUUGCUGUGCUUGACUUAGAAUAAAAGCACCCUUUCCAAAGACCAUAAAAGGUAAAGGGACCCCUGACCGUUAGUUCUAGUCGUGACCGACUCUGGGGGUUGUGGAGCUCAUCUCGCUUUAUUGGUCAAGGGAGCUGGCGUACAGCUUCCGGGUCAUGUGGCCAGCAUGACUAAGCUGCUUCUGGCGAACCAGAGCAGCGCACGGAAACGCUGUUUACCUUCCCGCCGGAGCAGUACCUAUUUAUCUACUUGCACUUUGACGUGCUUUCAAACUGCUAGGUUGGCAGAAGCUGGGACCGAGCAACGGGAGCUCACCCCGUCGUGGGGAUUCAAACUGCCGACCUUCUAGACAUAGAAUAAACACACACUUUCCAAAGACCAUACUUGAGUUAAAUGCUUUUUUCUGUAAAUGAAUAAUUUACUAAUGCUUCAAAAGAGCAAUAAAUAUUGUUGGCAGUUAGUUAUUAUCUGGAUAACCUUGGCCUAUGUUUCUUUAAAUUUUCAGAUUUUUCCACUGGUCCUGGCAUUCAGGGUGCAUUGAAGCUGUUCAGUUAUUUAAUAAAACUGCAUAGUUGGAUCAAGCUGCUUAACAUGUUACAGAUAAGUUAGGAGGCAAAUUUGAAAUGCAAAACAAUAUUUUGUGUUUCUAUAUGCCAUCUAUAAGCAGUAUAAAAUGUACCAGCUAACUAAACAGCAGAGCAAGAUGUGGUUGCCUAUGCAGCUGGCUAUUUAUGCAGUACUCGCCCUGAUAUUCAAAGCACUUUACUUUCAUUAUCUUGAUAAUCUGCCCAACAAUCUGUAGGGUCAGCCAUUGCUGCUGGGACUGAGGCAAGGUACUUCCUUGAUCAUGAGACUCUGCAAACAGGCCAGCACCACCUUUGUUAUCUUUCUUUCUUUCUUUCUUUUGGUUUAAUAUUUUUAUUAAUUUUCACACACAAAAACUAAAUCAUUACUAUCAGAGCUGGCUCCAGGUCCCAGCUCACAGAGGACCAACGCUAGCCGGCAGUAAUGUACAAAAGUCUUUAUUGAAGUACAGUUUCCAUUUUCAAGCCGCAGCGCCCCAGCUCUACGUCUAGGGGUUAGAUCGGCGAAGCUCCAUCUGAGUCUCCGCCCCCUGUACACCAGUUUAAGAUUCUAGCCUUACUCCACCUCUUACGUCUCUCCUUUCUCCUCUGGGUCCUGCUACCCCCCGGGGUCCCUUCCUUCCUGGAUUCUUCUGACGCUGACCCCCCUGACUCCUCCCCCGCUUUUCGGCGGGCUUUGGGACCUGGCUCCCUAUCCGGGCUGCCAACUGCGCCGCCCUCCUGUACAUUUGAACUUGGCGCGCGCGCCCAGCCUUCAACCUUCCUCUCGACCGUUUCCUCGCUCCCCGAUGGAGGCGUGGCCAAUCCUGACUCAUGUCCUCCCACUGGCAGUGCGCCGCCUGAUCCCGAUGCCUGGGACCCCUCCCCCCGACUGCACUCUGGUGUGGACGCUGGUCCUGAUUUCCAACUGCUGCUCUCUGAGUCCCCUCUGGCCCCUGCUUCCUGGGGUGUCACCCUCGGCACCCCCUUGCUCUGACCAAGGGAGCCCCUUUCUGUGAAUCUUCCGAUUCGCUGGAAAGACUCAGAGACCUCGGACCGCUGUCAUCGCUAACAUUUCCUUCGGACUCCUCCCCUCGCUCUCUAUUUCCUCCCUUUCCUGUGCCUCUGCUCCUGAACCCCUGACAUCCAUCCCCCUCGAAGCCCCCCUUCCCCCUCCCCUCCUUCAGGUGUGGGUACUGGGUGCUCCGUCGUUGUGGGGGUGAGUGCCGGAUACAGUUCGUCCCCCGUGGCGUGCAUCCAGCCGGAUAAGUCCGGCUCGUCCUCCGUGCCUCGCCGACCUCAACUUCCUCUGCUUCCAUCUCUUUGCCGCCGUGCUCGAACCCAAGGUCCUCCCCAACACGUCCAUGUCCGUCUCUCCCCGGUCUCCUCCGGGGACGUUGCCUGCCAAGGACCCCCCAGCCACUUCCUGCGCCACUGCUCCUCUGGUUGAUUGUCCCACCAAUAGGAACGGUCUGAGGCAGACCCCGAGGGUGAUCCCUCCGGGGAACGUGUUUCUAGUGCCGGUUCCUCGUCCGAGGUGAACCCCUGGAAUGUGCUAGCUGAAAAUGUGGGUGUGAAAAGCCAGUCGUCGAAAUACUCGGCUGGCAUGGGCCUGUGUGGGAAAAGGGCAUGAAACUCGUCCUGAGAAAAGGUUCGUCCAAGGCAUGGUCUGGCACCCAACUGUUGGCGCUGGCCGGGGUACCUUCUCUGGCGAGAAGAUAUUCUACUCCCUCUUCCCCCCCAUCUCGAGUCUAAAAUCUCUGUGACUUCGUUGACGGGUUCCCGCCUUGGCGACCCCCUUGUGGGCGUUUCCCUGAACGGGUCUGGUGCCGUUCCUGGCUCCUGAAAUCUAUGAGGUGCUUUGUAGGGCGUGAGCACUGAUCUAUGGAAAACUGGGUGCAUUCUGGAUCCCUCCGGCAGUGUCAACCGGAAGGCCACUGGAUUGACCUGUGCCUCGACCUGGUAGGGUCCUAGCUGCUUAUGCCCUAGCUUCUUCUUCGCUAACGAUCUGGCCGGCACUGCCUGGGCUGCUAACCAAACCCAGUCUCCCACCUGUAUGUCUUCCCCAACCCUUCUGUGCUUGUCAGCCUGCAGUUUGUAUGCGUGCUUUGCUAGUUCUAACUGCCUCCGGCUGUUCGUGAACCUCCUGCAACUCUGAUGCUAAGGCUUCCGCUGCCUGUGGCUCCCCCUCCCCGCUCUCGCUAAUCCCGGGAAGGUUCUGGGAUGCCUCCCGUUGUUGGCGAAGAACGGUGUCACCCCCGUGGACACGUGCUUCGUGUUGUUGUAGGCGAACUCAGCGAGCGGCAGGUAGUCCACCCAUGUUGCCGGCUGCUGAUUUGCGUAGCAUCGCAGGUACUGCUGCAUGAUGGCGUUGACUCGCUCCGCUUGUCCGUUCGUCUGCGGGUGUCUCGCCGACGCUAGGUUGAUCUUGACGUUCAGGAAACCCAUCAGCUUCUGCCAGAAGUUCGAGAUGAACUGUCGCCCCGGUCGGACAGGAUAGACCGUGGCAGACCGUGAACCCUGAACACGUGGUCUAUGAACAGUUUGGCGGUCUGUUCCGCCGUGGCCACCUUCGCGCACGGAAUGAAGUGGGCCAUUUUGGUGAACAUGUCCACCACCACUAGCACUGCCGUCUUGCCCUCGAGCUGGGUAGAUCCGUGACAAAGUCCAGGGCCACCCUCUCCCACGGUUCGAGCGGUGUCUGCAGCGGUUCGAGCAGUCCCGCCGGCGGUUUGUGCACUGACUUGGCCCUUUGGCAGGUGUCGCACCUCGAGACGUAAUCCGCGACUUACCCCCGCAUCUUGGGCCACCAAAAAUCUCUGGCUACUAAUUCUACCGUCUUCUCUUUGCCAAAGUGCCCGGCGGUGGGUGCGUCGUGCAACUGCUGCAGUACUUUCGCGCGGAGGUCGCCUCCCGGUACGUAGAGGGCCCCUCUGCGGAUGAGCAAUCCGUCGCGUAUCUGGAACUCGUCGUCCUCCGCCGUGCCCCUUUGCACCUCUGCCAUCUUUGCUUGCGCGAAGGGGUCCUCCUGCAGUGCUCGACGUACAGCAUCCAGGUCCACGGUUGCUGAAGCGCACGCCCACGCUUCGGUGCGAAAAUGUGCUUGGCCGCUGCUGGUGCCGCUCCUCGAGGUAUUGCGGCUUUCUGGACAGUGCAUCCGCCAUGAUGUUGUUGUCGCCUGGGAUGUACUCUAUCCUGAAGUCGAAAUCCGCAAAGAACUCCGCCCAUCGUAUGUGCCUCUGGUUCAGGAACCUUGCCGUGCGCCAGUACUCCAGGUUUUUAUGGUCCGUGCGGACCUGCACUGUGUGUUUGGCUCCAAUGAGGAAGUGCCGCCACGCCUUGAAUGCUGCAUGAAUGGCCAGCAACUCCCUGUCCCAGAUGGUGUAGUUCUGCUCUGACUUGCUGAGCUUCCUGGAGUAGAAGGCACACGGUCUCCAGUCCCCAUGCGGGUCUUGCUGCAACAGUACUGCUCCCACGGCUCUGUCUGAGGCGUCCGUUUCAACCCUCAUCGGUCUGCUGGGAUUCACAUGCAGUAGCUGCUCUUCGGACGAGAAGAGACGCUUGAGUUUCUGAAAGGACUGCUCCGCUUGCUCCGGCCAGAUGUACUUCGUCUUCGUGGAGCGGAGCGUGUCCGUAAGGGCGGCCGUCUGCAUCGCGAACCCCUUGAUGAACUUGCGGUAAAGUUGGCGAAACCGACAAACCGCUGGACCUCCUUCCGAUUGCGCGGGCUCUUCCAGUCCAACACUGAGCGAACCUUGGCGCUGUCCAUGGCGAGCCCCUUGUCCGACAACUUGUAGCCCAGGAAAUCUACCUCCUUCAUGUCGAACUGGCACUUCUCCAGCUUGGCGUACAGCCUGUGCUCCUGCAGUCUCUGCAGAACUUCCUUGACGUCUCCCUCGUGGGUCUCCUCUGAUUCUGAAAAUAUCAGGAUGUCGUCCAGGAAGCAGACGCAUUUCUUGUAGAGGAGACCCGCCAAUACGUGAUGCAUGAAGGCUUGAAAACAGUGGGAGCCAUUUUGUAAUCCAAAGGGCAUAACUCUGUAUUCAUAGGUGCCCAGGGGCGUGAACAUGGCAGUCUUCCAUUCGUCGCCCUCCCGUAUGCGAAUCAGGUUGUACGCCCUCGCAGAUCCAACUUUGUGAAAACGCGUCCUUUCCUCACCGUUGCGAGCAGGUCAUCUAUCUUGGGCAUGGGAAAGGCUGUGGGCUUGGUUUUCGAGUUCAAAAUUCUAUAGUCCACCACAAGCCUUUUUGGGGGCGUGUCCUUCUUCUUCACAAAGAAUACAGGACUGCCCCCCACUGCCUUCGACUCCUGGAUGAAACCGCGCUUCAAGUUGAGGUCUAUGAACUCCUGAGUUCCUGCAGCUCGCCUUCAGACAUGGAAUACAGUUUCCCGGUUGGCAGCGCGCCCUGGCAGGAGGUCAAUCUUGCAGUCAUAGGACCUGUGGGGAGGUAGCUUGUCCGCUUCCUUCUCGCAGAAAACCUCCAAAAACGCUGCGUACUUGAGUGGCACUGCUUGCAGCGUGCCUAAUUGUAGCUGCGGGUCAUCCUCUUCCCCUUCCGGGCUAGGCAGAAUGCAAUGUUCCGCACAGUAUGAGGAGCCGAAGGUCAGUUGUCGCUGGUACCACGCCAAUGCUGGGCUGUGCCUGUGCAGCCAACUCAUGCCUAAUACUAUAGGCGUGUCCGACAGUUGGGUGACAUUGAAGCUGAUGACUUCUCGGUGAUUCCCAAUUUGCAUCACCAUCGGAGGCGUUUGCUGCACCACCUGCCCCCCCAGCAAUUCCCUGCCAUCCACCGUGACAACUUUCAGAGGCAGCGUGGCUGGCAGGAGUGCUAUGUUGUGCUCUUGAAUGAAAUCCAGUCCUAUGAAGUCUGCGUUACUACCAGAGUCAAUGGUAAUCGGCACUUCCAUAGUGAGUCCAUUGGGUAGUUGGAGCGAUGCUGUGAGCUGCACCACUGGUUUGGGCGGGAGGGGGUCUGUGGGCUGCAAAAUCUCUGGGGACGGCUUCAUUGACUUGUCUGGCUGGGCCCCAGUGCCUCUUCCUCCAACCAGACUCUGUCGUUUCCCUGCUGUGGUUCUCUGUGCUGAGUUGCGUCUGUUACUGUUGCUGAGGCUGCAGUGUGCUUGUGGAGCCUCUGGGGACACUCUUUCGCCAUGUGCUGAGCACUGUCGCAGAUGUAGCACUUCCUGUUCCCUCUAGGAGGCUUCGCUUGACUGCUCCCGGUGUUAGGGCUCUGGCUGCUGACUGAGCCCUGGCGCUCCAAUCUCCAUCGGUUGCUCUCCCUCCUUGCGGAGGUGGGGAUUGCACACGCGCUGCAUCCUUGGGAAAGAGGGGAGGUGCCUCACUGGCGUACGUCCCCAACGUCCUUCUUCUCUGUUCCAUGGACGUUCUUCCAGACGCACCCCAAUUUGCAGCGCCCGCCGGACAACCUCCUGAGUGCUCUUUGGUCUCUCCCCCCUUGCAAUCUCAUCUUUCACAUUUGCAUUCAAGCCUUCCCAAAAAGGUCUCUGGCUGGGGCAGAAUCCUUCUCCCAUCCCAGCGCAUGGACUAAUGCAAAAAGCGGGAAUGGUACUGCCUUACACUGGCUCUGCCUUGUUUGAGCCCAUGUAUGUCUUUUCUGGCGAUAUCAAUGUCUAUAUUUGAUAAAAACACGAAUCCAUCGCUUUAAUGAAUGCAUCCGCAUUUUGGAGCGCCGGAUCCUUAUCUCUCCACAGAUUGCGCAGCCACGCUUUAGCUUCCCCAUGCAAAUGGGACAAGAUAAACCCCACCUUCUCUUGCUCAUCUCUAAAGUCUUUAUCCAGCAGUUCCAGCGCAAACAGCACGUCUGCUCGGAAGUUAGGGUACUGCUGCAAAUUCCCAUCGAAAUGAGAUACCAGGCUGCCUCCUCUUUCCCCAGCCCAAUCCCCUCUGAUUUGGGUCCCGGUUGCCCCUGCUUAGCAAGCACUUCCAACCUGGCUUGGAGAUCCCUGCAGGCGGCAGCCGCUUCCUCUUCCCUUUUCCUGGAUGCGAGUACCUCCGCGUUGAGUUGUGUCACUGCAUUUUGCAGGGCUGCUAGUUGCUGUUCUGUAGUCAUCUUGCCUGACUUUUGUGAGCUCGCGAAGCACCAAUCUUCUCCCUCGCUGCGUCCACUCACGUUACGAGGUUUUUGGUGCAAAACUUUAAGAGAUGGAGCUUACUGUCAGAGCUGGCUCCAGGUCCCAGCUCACAGAGGACCAACGCUAGCCGGCAGUAAUGUACAAAAGUCUUUAUUGAAGUACAGUUUCCAUUUUCAAGCCGCAGCGCCCCAGCUCUACGUCUAGGGGUUAGAUCGGCGAAGCUCCAUCUGAGUCUCCGCCCCUGUACACCAGUUUAAGAUUCUAGCCUUACUCCACCUCUUACGUCUCUCCUUUCUCCUCUGGGUCCUGCUACCCCCCGGGGUCCCUUCCUUCCUGGAUUCUUCUGACGCUGACCCCCUGACUCCUCCCCUCUUUCGGCGGGCUUUGGGACCUGGCUCCCUAUCCGGGCUGCCAACUGCGCCGCCCUCCUGUACAUUUGAACUUUGCGCGCGCGCCCAGCCUUCAACCUUCCUCUCGACCGUUUCCUCGCUCCCCGAUGGAGGCGUGGCCAAUCCUGACUCAUGUCCUCCCACUGGCAGUGCGCCGCCUGAUCCCGAUGCCUGGGACCCCUCCCCCCUACUGCACUCUGGUGUGGACGCUGGUCCUGAUUUCCACCUGCUGCUCUCUGAGUCCCCUCUGGCCCCUUCUUCCUGGUGGGUCGCGCCCGGCCCCCAGCCUGGUCUGACCAAGGGAGCCCCUUUCUGUGAAUCUUCCGAUUCGCUGGAAAGACUCAGAGACCUCGGACCGCUGUCAUCGCUAACAUUUCCUUCGGACUCCUCCCCCUCGCUCUCUAUUUCCUCCCUUUCCUGUGCCUCUGCUCCUGAACCCCUGACAAUUACAUUAAAGAAAAAAAAUAAAAUGAGACAUUUAAAACAACUGUAUACACAAUCAAUAUUAAAUCCACAUUAUGGGAUUACUUGAAUCCCCCGACUUCCUUCCACUCCUUCCCUUGGUUCCUUUGUAUUAUCUUCAUUCAUGCAUGUCAAAAAAAAAAAAUCUUUAUCUCUAAUAAACUCCAACAUUGUCUAUAACAUUACAAGUGUUUUUAAAAAUCCUGCUAACGUAUUAACUUGCAUACAUUGCUUUUGUAAAUAUGCAAUAAACAUUUCCCAUUCUUUUUUAUAUUUGUUGUCAUCUUGAUCGCUUCUUUCCAGUGUUGGGCUAGCAGUAUCCGGGCAGCCAUUGCUGCAUACAUGAACAAAUUCUUGUAUUCUUUACGUAAAUCCAUUCCUGUAAUACCUAAUAGGAAAGUUUCUGGUUUUUUAACAAAGGUUAUUUUUAUUUUUUUCCAAUUCAUUAUAUAUCAUUUCCCAAUUUUUAAAAUAACUUUACAUUGUCACCACAUAUGAAAAAACGUACCUUCUACUUCUUUACAUUUCCAGCACUUACUUUCUCUUGUUUUAUACAUUUUGGCCAAUUUAACCGGUGUUAAAUACCACCUAUAGAUCAUGUAAUUCUCUUUAAGUAAGGUACAGGCUGUGAAUUUUAUAUCAUUCUUCCAUAGUCUUUCCCAAUCUGUCAUCUGAAUAUUAUGUCCCACGUCUUUUACCCACUUUAUCGUAACACACUUGACCUCUUCAUCCUUAGUUUCCCAUUCCAACAAGUUACACAUUUUUGAUAAUAAUUUAGUACCACUUUCUAUUAUUUCUCUCUGGAAAUUUGAGAUUUCAUUGGUGAAUCCUUUCUUUUUAUCAUUUUUGAAUACUUCAUUUAACUGAAAAUAUUGUUACCAGUCUGUUACCUUUCCUCUUCUUGAAAUUCCUUCAAUUUUAAUUGGUUAUUCAUUUCUGUUAACAGCUCUUCAUGUUGCCCAAUUAGGUUUCAUAUUUAAUUUUUUCAUGGAUAUUGCUUCCAGUGGGGAAAGCCACCAUGGUGUUUUUGUUCUAGCAAAUCUUUAUAUUUUUCCCAAACUUUAAAAUCGCAAUUUUUAUUAUAUGAUUCUGGAAGUUUUUAUGUACUUUUGCCUUCUGAUACCACAAGUACACAUGCCAUCGAAAUUUAGUAUCAUGUCCUUCUAAAACUAAUAAAUCUGCAUUUUUUUAAUAUUAUCCAAUUCCGGAUCCAGCAUAUGCAAGAAGCUUCAUAAUAUAAUUUUAAAUCUGGUAAGGAGAAGGCACCUCUUUCCUUAAGAUCUGUUAAUAAUUUAUAUUUUAUCCUUGGCUUCUUUCCUCACCAGAUAAAUACCUUUGAAAUAUCCUUCUGCCACUCUUUGAAGCAGCUCACAUUGCUUAUCACUGGGAUUGAUUGAAACAGAAAUAACAUUUCCUUUUUUUAAAAAAAAUAUUUUUUAUUAACCGACCAAUCAAAUCAAAUCACAUCAGAUAAAUUCCGAAUUACAAAGCCGAAUUUUAAAUUUUUGUUGGGGGGACCCAUAUUUCAAGUUCUGAAGGGGGAUUCCGAUCAUCUUCUUGCUGCUGCGUUAAUAUCCACAAAUCUGUCCAAAUAAUGUUCAUAAUUCUAUCCAGUCUUAUCUUGCUGUUUCCACAUCUCAUCUUGUUCGUAUAUUUUUCUUUAUGAUCUCUUCUGAUAAUCUCCUUAAGCAGGUAAACAAUUAUAAUCCUGUGUGAAUUUUUCCGUUCGUCCAAUCAUCAUAUCAAGAUGGUUUCCAUAUAUCAUCAUUUUCAUAAAUAACAGCACUCUUUCCAUCAUUAAUCUCGCAAAUCUGUCGCUCUUUAGUCCCUCUGAGGAGGCUUACCCACAAUAUGAAAACAAAUCUUCUACUCUUCCCAGAUAUAAGUCUUUCGACAGAACUUGCCAAAAUGGCGACGUUAUUUUUUGCUGCGUCAUUCCAAAGCUCUUAUGCUUUCCACGAUCUUCUUGAAACAUGCUUUGGUUAGAAAAUUAUCUCCACACAGUCUUAAAUCCACAGCUUAAGUCAUUUAAACGGCAUUUGUGACUUGUGGGGGGGGGGAUUCUUGGUUAAUCACAUAGAGAAAAGAAAGGAAAGUUUUUCUCCCUCCCCCAUCCAGUCCCGUUGCCAAACAUACCGAGCCUUGGUGUGUCUUCUCAUGAUUUAUUCUUGUUCCUCCAACCCGUCUUGUUUCUCAGAGAUCUCUUCGGUUAGCAGUCUUUACUCCCCAUUCUUCCUUGAAAUAUGUGCAUUAGCUUCCUCCUAAUUGUUUCUUUUGAAGCUGCUGCAGCUAGAGGCAACGUCCAGGAGCGCCGAGAUCCGCACAAGGGCUUUCUGCCUAGUGCCCCCACCCCCUCAAAUUCGGGGGUGGUAUAGGGCACAGCAGGCAAGGGCAGUCCCCCACACACACUUGGGGGGGCCGGGAGGCUGUUUACUCCCAUCACAGCCUCUUAAUUACCUCGUGUGGGUCGGAGAGAUGUUAUUGUCAGCCAUCUUCCGAUGCGCCCCAGUGCCCCCCCCCCGAAAUAACAUUUCCUACAGGCGCUUGUAAAAGGACUUUACUACUUUAAACAUGGUUUUGCAAACAUAGUUUUGGGAAGCAGAUUGGAUGCAAAUGCUACAGGAACGUUUGUCUCUUCUUUCCCCAAGGUUCUGAAGAAGAUUGCCAAGUACAUUCAGGAACAGAAUGAGAAGAUCUAUGCCCCACAGGGCAUCCUCCUGACGGACCCCAUUGAGAGAGGGCUCAGAGUUGUAUCUUUUUCUGUGGCUUCCUAACCUUUUGUGCUCUGGUAGCUCUCAUAUCUGUUUGUGCCUUUGUGAACCAAUAAAACAGCCUGUGGCCAUUAAACAAACAAAUCCUGCUGGGAUCAAAUUAGUAUUUUACUCCAGCUUUUGAGCAAAUCUUGUUUUAGCCUUUGUUGUGUAAGCACAGCCCCUUAGCUAUCUUCACAAUUAGUGUUGGCCUAGGACUUGAGAGAUUCGUGCUCCUCACUCAGCCAAAAAGCUCACUAGGUAACCUUGUGCCAGUCACUCAGUCUUGGUCUUAACAGAGUUGUUGUGGGGGGAGUGGGGAAAGAAGCUUGGAUGAAAGGGUGGGAUAUGAAUGGAACAAAUCCCUUUCUUAGGUGUGGAAAUCACUUCAUACGUAAUGAUUGCUACUUCCGUUGAGUUUUCGCUUGAUAGCACAUGGGGUGAAGCUGGCAGAUAGAACCUUUCCAUCAGUGCUGGUUUGGGAGGCUGCUCCAAGCAGAAGAGAAGCAUCUCUUGCUUCAGUUUCUGCAUAAUUGUAGUUUGCUAUGUGAGGCCUGUUAUGUUGACACACCAGGAAGCUUCAGGCGUACAGGCCGGUUUGCCUGGACUCUUCUUAACAGGUGUCAAAGAGUACUGGUUGGGGAUCCUUGGAGGUAGGGAACAAGCUUCCUUCUGAGUGUUGCUUAUCAGCUAUAGCAAAAAGAGCCUUCCAAGAAGUCUUUCCCCCCAUUCUGUAGAUUUUGCUUCUGACAAGGGCACAGGCAACACGGGCUCUCAUUGGGAGGGCAGUAAAGUGCUUUGCAGCCGCCUUUGCCUGUAAGGAGCAGCAUGUUGGCAUCUCUCCUCCAGAAUUCAAAGUGGGGGUGGGGAAGGGUUUAUGCUAGUUCAUUAAUAGUAUAACAUUUGGAAAGAAAGAAUUUGGCUGAGUCAGACUCAUUGGCCCAUCUAGCACAGCAUUGUCUGCACUGGCUGGCAGCAGCUCUCCAGGCUUUGAGGCAGGGGACAUUCCCAUGGAGACCUUUGAGGACUGAGCCGGGUGUCUUCUGCAGGCAAAGCACUGAGCUGAGGUCCUUCUCGCCCCUUAAGUGGGGGUGGGGCAAUAUAAUAUUCAGUACUUCGCUAUCUUGAUGUUUUUACCCACAUGCCUCUUCUGCAGUGUAUUUUUUUUAACAGCCCUGCUGUGCAGAUUGAAAUUACCAUUUAUGAAGACAGAGGUGUGAAUAGUGGGAGAUAAAUCCUGAGGUCCAAGGUAAGUGUUCACUGUAGAUGCUGCUUUGUGAUCUGCUUCUCUACAAAAGAAAACCCCACCAAAAUAGUUUAUUCCCACUGCUCCCACCAAAGAAAAUGGUUUCUGCAUUUAAAGUUCAUGGGAAAAACAACCCUAUACUAUUGCAUUAUGAUUGUUUCACGUAGCCCUAAAUAAGUGAAAAUUCUAAAAUAAUGUUAAACCCCUGGAGAGCUGUUCUAGCAGCAAAUGAAGGAACAGAAUUGAGAGCCAGUGUGGUGUAGUGGUUAAGAGCGGUAGUCUCAUAAUCUGGUGAACCGGGUUCGCGUCCCCGCUCCUCCACAUGCAGCUGCUGGGUGACCUUGGGCCAGUCACACUUCUCUGAAGUCUCUCAGCCCCACUCACCUCACAGAGUGUUUGUUGUGGGGGAGGAAGGGAAAGGAGAAUGUUAGCCGCUUUGAGACUCCUUAAAGGGAGUGAAAGGCGGGUUAUCAGACCCAAACUCUUCUUCUUCUUCUUCUAAUGAUUCUUCUGGAAUUAUAGAAUAAUUAGACUUUUUUUAUUUAAUCUGAUUGAGUAUUAUCUUCUACCUAUCACUUUGAAAAGGAGGAAUCAAGAUUGGUAGGAUGUGGAGGAAAGAAAAGGAGAACAGGGAGACUGACAAAACAGUGAUAGCUGGUUUGGAGUAAUACUGUUGUAGUCACCAAGAAGAUAGAGUGCAUAUGCAUAUUAAGGUUUUUCUUUGUAUGCAUGUUGCUUGUUUUCAGGAUGCUGGUUCUUGGGUUCUGUCACCUAGUCAUCAGUUUUGAAUGGAGAGUGAAUUUUCCCAACAACCUAGUGGGAAACCAGAAUGUAACCAAGCACUGAAGGACAAACAGAAAUCCUCAGCCGCUUGGCAUGAGGAGGAUUUCCUUUUGGACACUUUGUCAGAAAUUGCAUGUUGCCUUGCAGCUCAGCCCCCCCAGUCCGCCUUGCUGGAGGGUCUGCACGGAGCAGAGGGGUCCUUCCACCUUGCCCUUCAAGACUCCAUUGCCAGUUGUGGGGAAGUUUGAGCAAGGGGCACCCCAGUGGGCGAGUGGAAGCUGCCACGGAUAGGAUCCAGUCAGCAACUCCCCCCGCCCCCCAAGAAGGUGUCUGAUAGGUGGACCCCACCACCAGCCCGAGACUGCAAGGGGCCCCUCUGUUUCUGCCCAGGGGUUAGGAUUAGCAGCCUGAGUUUCAAUGGCUCAGAAAUGGACUGAUGAUAAGUCUGAGAUUGAAUAAUACUUCCAAGAAAUGAACCAAUCUACAUGUUGUAGAUGUGGCACACCCACCUGGUACAAAGAAAGAUGUUAAGAGAUAUUUAAGCUGGCUUUAGGACCAUUGUUGAAUAGCAAGUGACAAGUCUGGUGAAUUCACCAACUGGCAAUAAAAAUGCCAUUAUCAGGCCAAAUAGGUCAUUAAAGAGAACACCCUUCAAUCUUUCUUGCCAGAUAGGUGAUUUAGAAUGCAAGAAUCAAUUUUUAGUUGAUUGGUCAGUGUCCUCUAUCAGCUCCUAUGCUGAUCAGAAAGAAGUUUCACCCAUAAGCAUGUGCAAUUAAGAGUAUUCUAGUUUGAUCUAUCUUGCCUUAAGUUGUGCAUCCUCAUUACUUGGGAGAGAAAAGUGGGAUGAAAACCAAAUUUGGGAGUUGAAAUCUACCCUCUUGUGUAGGCAGCAGCAUUACUGAAAGUGAAAUUCUAGAUCUUUUAUCCUGUCACAAGAAGGAGUGUACAGUGGUACCUUGGGUUACAUACGCUUCAGGUUACAGGCUCAGCUAACCCAGAAAUACUACCUCAGGUUAAGAACUUUGCUUCAGGAUGAGAACAGAAAUUGUGCGGCUGCAGCAGGAGGCCCCAUUAGCUAAAGUGAUGCUUCAGGUUAAAAACAGACCUCCAGAAUGAAUUAAUUUCUUAACCCGAGGUACCACUGUAGUGCUGAUGGAAGUAAUUAGUUGAAAUUACAAGUGAUUUUCCCUAUAAAUAUAAAAAGUUUAACCAGAAGUCAUUGUUCAAAUGAUUAACAAAGUGUAGUUCUGCUUAUUGCUGCUGCUGCUCUUGUUUCGAAAGCAAUUUCUGUCCAGUCUGUUGUUGGCUUCCCUGGAGGAAAAUGUUGGCCCCUGACACCCUUUGGCUGCAGUAUGACUGUUGCUGGUGAGCUUAAGAAUAGUGCAGCUAGUCCAUUGGAAGGUCCUGCUAAUCCUUGAACUCUUGAGAGGAAGCUGUCAUGUUAGGCUCUUGUUUUCUGUGGCUGUAAUACACCCUCUUCCCUCCACGCCGGCUGCGUUUACUGCCACAUCUGUUUGGCACCAUCCAUUAGAUAUGGCUCAUUUGACAGUUGCUAGUGCUUUCCAGAAUAGUUGUAGGGAUUUUGAGCAAUUACAUACACAAAGGACCUAUGUUAUUGGUGUUCAAGCCACUGUGAAAUUUCUGAACCUAAGGCACAUAGACUGAUAGUACAUUUCUGAAUAGCUUCAUUAACUGCAAGUGUGUUUUAUUUAGCAUGAUGAUUUGAAGCUCUCCAGUAAUGUUGAGGUAGAAAAGGAGCUUUGUAGAUUCUCUGGCUGCCAAAAUUAUCCUUUGGUCACCUUCCUCUUCCAGCCAUCUGAGGUUGGCUUCCUGUCCACGGCAUUCGUCCAGAAUGGUCCACAGCUGUUGAACAUACACAGCAAGGAUGUCAUGGGGACCCUCAUGACAUAGGCACUCAAACGCCCCUUUGGAAAUUGGCGUUUGAGUGCCUGAUGCUCAUCAGAAUGACACAGAGCUGGUACUUUAUUUAUUUAGUGCAGCGAGGCUCCUCACGGGUUCUCUGCCAUGGGAGCAUAUUCACCCAGUGCUUUUCCAGCUGCACUGGCUCCCGGUGGAGUACAGGGUCAGAUUUAAGGUGCUGCUUUUGACCUUUAAAGCCCUUCACGGCCUAGGACCCUCGUAGCUACGGGACCGCCUCUCCUGGUAUGCCCCACGGAGAGCCUCAAGGUCCAUAAAUAGCAACACCCUAGUGGUCCCAGGCCCUAAGGAAGUUAGAUUGGCUUCAACCAGAGCCAGGGCCUUCUCAACACUGGCUCCGGCCUGGUGGAACGCUCUGCCUCAUGAAACCAGGGCCCUGCAGGAUCUGAUUUCUUUCCGCAGGGCCUGUAAGACAGAGUUGUUCCGCCUGGCCUUUGGCUUGGAGCCAAUUUGAUUCCCUCCCUCCCUCUCUUCCUUUUUUCUUUUCCUUCUCCUCCUGCGAUGAGGCUACAUUUUAAUAUUUUAAUGUUCCAUUAUUUUAAUGUAUUUUAUUUUUGUUUUUAAGUUGUAAUCAUUCAUCUUGUUUUUAUUAUUGCUUGUAAGCCGCUCUGAGCCCGGCCUUGGCUGGGGAGGGCGGGGUAUAAAUAAAAAUUAUUAUUAUUAUUAUUAUUAUUAUUAUUAUUAUUCUUUUAUAAAUAACCUCCAGCCAAUCAGAGUCUGCUGUCACCCAGGCCAGUCAGAUGGAUUUCACCUGAUGCAGGCCACAUGUAAUAAAACCUUAAAGCAAUUGCCCCUCUCUCUCCUCUGUCAGAACCCCUGCUCCACAGGUUUGCAACACUGGUAACAGUACAAGGCUUCAAACCUUUAAAGUCACUGAAAAGUUUACCUUCAAAACACAAACAUAUCUGAGAGGAAAGUGCAUCAAUGUUUUGUUUUAAUCUGUUUAACUCAGCUCUCUUUCUUCCUAGGUUCCAGCUUUUGUUCCAGAAAGUUCCCAUACCUCCUCCAUCAUAACAUCAUUCCUUUCUUCUGCCGCCAACCCCAUGGUGCCAUCUACCACAAAGACUUAACUUCUCAAAAUCCUACUCCUUCACAGCAAAAUCCCAUGGACAGGAUAGCAUCCAUUUUGUGUCAUAUGGGUAAGCCAAAAGCAAUGGCGUCUGCCUGGUAGCUUUAGCUUCCAAGGACCAGUUGAGCAGCCAUACGAGUCAGUGGGCACAAGACCAGACUGGAGUCGGCUAAGGGCUGAGUGGCUCCUUUUGCAAGCUCUCGGAUUUUGUCAGCUGUUCAGGAAGAAAGCAGGAGUGCGGCAUAGGCAGCUGAAUCUCCAGAAAUGAGGCCCAUGUUUGUGAAGUGGCAGCAGGGUGUUUCUCUGCUUGUUCAGAGGAGACUUGGAACAAAUACCAUCUUGAGUUGAAGCCUCCUGUGGUGGUAACAGCAACAAUGCAAAAAGGCUUUCAUUUUUAACACUUCACCAAGAGCUAGUGCAGUCUUCGGGACACGAAGUCCUCUGCUUUCACUGUGUCUUUCAAGAGAGGAGAAGGUCAAUGGUUUGUUUCGUUCAAUGCGUGGAAGUGCGGCAGCCCAAAUGUAUGCUGUGCCAGUCAGUGUAACCGCCCCCUGCUCUCUCCACCCCUUUUCAAGUGUUGAAUAUGUGAGCUAGGUAAUAAUUGGUUUUUGCAGUUUUGUUAGCAGUUAAAAAGUUUUAGGGCAAGCUGGUAACUUGACUAGAAAUGGUGUUAUGAUAGCGCUUCGUUUUAGAUCUCUCUCACACAGUGUGCAACUCAGCAGCCUGUAGUACUUCCACUUGCAUUCAACAUUCCUCUAGCAACACUUACAAAAUAUAUAGAAGAUUUUAGUCUUCUGAGUUGAUACCUUCUUAUGGAUCAAGUGUUUUUCUCCGUUCAUCCAAGUGAGCCCUUGAGUAGAGGCCAGCAAGAGUCGCUCAUCCGCUUGACAGUUGCUGUCGCCUCCCAUGUCCAGGAAUUCAAGGCUUUGCCAAACGAGACCACCUACAAAACGGAUAGAAUAUUUCACUUCUUGAACGAUUCAAAAAGCCAGUAGUGAAUCAGGGUCUUUAGGUGGAUUAUUCUUCAAUACCUAUUUGCUGGUUUCUUUAUCCUUUCCUCUAGAAGUCUGUUUAAUAUUAAAGUGUACAAAACACCUGUUGUUGUUUUUCUAAACUGUAACAGUGUUCUGCCUUUUGCACCCGUUACAAUCAGUUUUGAGAAAUAUUAAUGGAUUGGUAACUUUUUUUCUUAAAUAAAUUUUGUCAUUUGCUAGCA